CGGCCCAAUUUCAAUCCACUGGAAACCCCGUCUGGGCUGUUCGGUAGGCAGGUUUCGGACGGUUUUGGCCCAUUUGACCCGCCAGAAACACGUCGGGCCACGUCGGGUUGGAGGGGAUUAGAAACGCUCGCCCUCACUCGCGUUUCUCGCGUGAGCGAGCGAGCGCCCGCACCUCCCCUCGCGCCGCCUCCUGCACGUCUCCUCGCGCCGCCGCCUCUCCUCGCGUCGCCGCCUCUCCUCGCGCCAUCUUCGGCAAAGAUCGCUCCGUCGCCAUCCAAGAUCUCUCCGUCGCCGCCCAAGAUCGCUCCGUCUCCGCCCAAGAUCGCCGCCCAAGAUCGCUCCGUCGCCGCCCAAGAUCGCCGCCCAAGAUCGCUGCCCAAGAUCACCUGCCAAGAUCGCUCCGUAGCCGCCCAAGAUCGCUCUGUCGUCCAUCUUCUCCGGCCGAGCUGGAGUUCUAUCCUGAACCUGCAACUUUUGUUCUAGUUGGAGUGGACGAACCGCCGCCAUCUUGGGACCCGGUCAGCACACCUGAUUUUGAUAUGCCUCCAAAAGGAAAUGGCGCUCCAAAAGGAAAUGGUGCUCCAAAAAGACAUGGCUCACCACUCUAUCCGGCAGGAUCUCCAAAGUACAAUUUGAGUAAGGCAAAAAAACUAUCUCCAAAAGCUGAUAAGCGAAGGGCGUCAUGGAAUCGUGGACUUGAGAAGGCUCUUGUGGAGCUACUCCAAGAGCACAACAAUCCAUACCAUAGAGGCCAGAACGGGUGGAGCAGCGAAACAUGGAAUAUGAUGGUUAAAUGCUUCAACUCCCGGCACAAACACGUGCAGUUCACAAAGUCUCAGAUCCAAGACAAAGAAAAGGAUCUCAAGAGAGACUAUAGGAUGUUGAGGGAUGCAAGGAAGCAGAGUGGCGUCGGGUGGGAUGAGGAGAGAUGCAUGAUACAAGCAGAGCCACACCUUUGGGAUAACUUAGAAAUUUCUUUUGGCAAAAGAAUCAAGAAGUUCAGGAAAAAUGGAUAUUUCCCUCUCUAUGAUUUGCUUGCAUCACUCUAUGAAAGUAAGUUCAAUCAUCUUGACAAUCACCUACACCGUUGCUUGGUUACUCACAUCCUUUUUUAUAGGUCAAAUUGCAGAGGGGAACCUCAACUUUACAUCUAUGGCAGAGCCAUCAGAGAGAGAUGGGGAAAUCAGAACUAUAGAAAGUGAUGGUGAGCAUGAUGAUGGAAGAGAGUUGGAGAAGGUGGUGCCUGUAGAUGAGGAUUUCCAAGUGACUUCUGAGAGAGAUGAAUCCACAAGUGAUGUUGGUGUUACAAAAGAGAAGCUGAAGAUUUCUAAGAAGCCCAAGCGAAGUCCUAAGAAGCCCAAUCAGAGUAGUGGAGAUGCUCUAGUAGGAGUGAUGAAGAGAUUUGUUGAUAUCAAAGAAAAAGAAAUCAACAAGGAUGAUACAGUGGAUUUCUCAAUUACCAGAUGCAUGGCAGAGUUGAGAAACUUGGAAGGGGUCACAGGGGAUUUGAAAGUCAAAUGCUAUGAUAUCUUCAAAUGUGCAAAAAGUUGUGAGAUUUUCAUCAAUGCUGUUGCAGAGAAAGAUGGAAGUGCUCUGGCUUGGCUUAAAAGUCAGAUAGGUACGCCUCUGCCUAAUUAAAGGCCA